AUGGAGAGUAUCAUACAGGGUCACACGCGGCGCAUCAGCAUCCCAGAGUGUGUUGAGUUUGACAUCACGACCAACGCGUGCCGGGGCUACUGCGAGUCGUGGUCAGUGCCGUCAGCCUGGCAAACACUUGUGUAUAAUCCUCACCAAGUGGUCACCUCGAUCGGCCAGUGCUGUAACAUCAUGGAGACUGAGGACGUAAAAGUGAAGGUGAUGUGCGUGGAGGGACCAAGAGAGCUGAUCUUUAAGUCCGCCAGCACCUGUGACUGUUUCCACUGCAAGAAGUAUUAAGGGCAAAGAGAGACGAAGAAACGAGAUGAAGAGAGCAACCAGUUAUAAAUGACGAUAGAGAGAGAAAGAAGAGGCGCUGACGGUGAAGGAAACGCAGAUGAAGGAAAAGGAUAAUCUGUCAUAAGGGUGAAAAUGGGAGAUAACGAGGAGGAGGAGACGGAGGGAGAGGAUGAAGAGGUUAAGGAGAAGGAUGACUAACUGCAGUGAGGAAAAAAAAAUCAUGAAAAUUCGUGUGGAAAUAUUAUGUUGAGAUGAAAAUUAAUACUGAAAAGAUGUGAAAAAAAGCUGAAAACGCUGAUUAGAAAAAUGAAAGUAAAUUAUUAGAGAGGAAAAAAAUGAAAGUUAGGAGCACAAAAGUCAGCAAUGAUCACAAAAAGAACCAGAGAAAGAGAAGAAAGAGAUUGAGAAAGAAAUAAAUAGAAAAAAUACAGGAGGAGGAAGAGGAGGAAGAGUAAAAAAAAAAAAAAGGAUGAUGAGAGGCUGGAGAAAAAAAAGGUUACAUCAUUUUUGAGUUAGACGAAGAUAUGUAUAAUAACUUGUCCCUCCUUUUCUCCUCCUCUUCUCGUCAUUACUUGCUUUCUCCUCAUUCAUCACAGUGGCUGGAUCUUCCCAUCUCUCUCUCUCUCUCUCUCUCUCUCUCUCUCUCUCUCUCUCCAUCAAUAUAAUAUGUGCUCAUGACAAAAUAAUCAAGAAAAAGCUAUAAUUAACAUGAAUAACUUACUGGAAAAUAAAUAAGGAGUUUUAUUCGACCCUAGAUACGUUUUAUUAUACCUGUGAUCUAUACAUUUAUUAUCAUUAUUAUUAUUAUUAUUAUUAUUAUUAUUAUUAUUAUUAUUAUUAUUAUUAUUAUUAUUAUCAACAUCACCGCCGUCAUCUUCAUCAGUCAACAUCACAAUUCGUCACCGCAUCACCGCCAGAAUCAUGUUAUUAUUAUCAAGGACACAAACUAUUCCUUAAUAUUUUGUUUCUGUAGUUCAUUAAUACAGAUUUCCAUUAAGUAGUAAUAAACAAUCACUUUGUGCAUUUGAGUCUUUCAAUGAAAAGUCCAAUCGCAAAUUCCUCCACCGGCACUCGUCGGGAACAUUUCUCUUCAUCACCGUUAAUUAUUUCCUAAAUUAGAUAACAAAACUCAUUUAUUUAGCCAUUUAUUUAUCAAACACACUGCCGCGCCAUUCCAGCAUUGAUUUUAUUAUUCAUUUGUCAAUUUGCAUUCCACUCAGUAUAUAUCAAAGUUUCUCUGGACAGGAUGGAAAAAAUAUAUAUAUAAACAGCCCCUUGAUGUAGUAUUCUCGAUGCAUAUCAUGUCAACUCCACCUGUUCAGCGUGUUCCAGCCGCCCUUCACUGUACAACCUUCCCCUCACACCGUGUCGUGCGCUUCCCUCCCCUUUAGUGAGUUUUGCACCACGCACGUACUCCACCUCCCACCCACCCCCCCAUUCUCUCUCUCUCUCUCUCUCUCUCUCUCUCUCUCUCUCUCUCUCUUCCAGCCACGCUCCAAAACACUCUGCUCAUGUAGGGUAUUUACAAAUUGCGGUACGACAACGUUACCAGCAGUUUUAUCAGUUCUCUCUAAGCCAACCACUUGACUAUCACCUCAAGCAUUGUUUCCCCUUGAUAGUAGCCCAAAUAGUACUGAUAUAAGACUGGCACUGUACUGACACUAUCCCGUCACUGUCACGCCUUCUUCGUGCACAUUCCUGGCACACCUGUCCACGGCCAGCUCUUUUCCACACCUGUUAAUGCAAUACCGUGUACACCGUAAGGAUAAGUAAUGCUAUUUUAUCUAGCUAGAGACAAAAUUAUAUUCGUAUCAUAACUGUCUAUCUAUUUUCACUAAUGCUGUGUGUAUUGUAAGACGACUCGACCUGUCCACUGGUAAAUGGUAUGGUACUAUGUUCAAACCACACACACACACACACUCACACACACACACACACACACACACACACACACACACACACACACACACACACACACACACACACACACACACACACACACACACACACACUCUGUCCUACGCAUCUACUCAUCCAUUUUUCCACACACACACACACACACACACACACACACACACACACACACACACACACACACACACACACACACACACACACACACACACACACACACACACACACACACACACACACACACACACACACACACACACACACACACACACACACACACACACACACACUAAAGAGAUUAUAUUGAUUCGCGUUUACCUGCCUCACCUUGCCGGGCUGGUGGGUGUGCACUAAUCCUAUGCUCCUUAUCUGUACAUAUAUAAAGUGUACACCGUUA